GAAAUGAGCCACAGCAAUGCAUAAUCCCUUGGUUCGCUAUUCCUCCUGCCUCCACGAGGGGGCGCAAGUGCAGCCAGAGUUUGCUAGAGAGUAAUUUAGGAACCAAAAGCGAGGCGCUGUGUUUCCCUUCCAUGCAGGGGAUUGUGUAAGUCACUGCACAAAGCGGAAUUGUCGUGGAGCUGCAGCAAAGGCUUAAACUAUAAGCAUGAAGAAAUUAAAGCUGAAAGAACUUGAAAGCUGCCUUCAACAAGUUGAUACUUUUGAUGAUCCAAAAUUACUGCUUGAACAAUAUCCAACAAGGCCACACAUUGCAGCAUGUAUGCUUUAUACAAUUCACAAUACCUUUGAUGAUAUCGAAAACAAGAUAGUUGCAGACCUUGGGUGCGGUUGUGGUGUUCUGAGCAUUGGAAGUUCCAUGCUGGGUGCAGGGUUAUGUAUAGGAUUUGAUAUAGAUCCUGAUGCCCUAGAUGUAUUUAGCAAGAAUGCUGAAGAAUUUGAGCUCACAAAUAUUGAUAUGAUUCAGUGUGAUGUCUGUUCUCUGCCUGACAAAAUGCCAAAAACAUUUGAUACAGUUAUUAUGAAUCCUCCCUUUGGAACGAAACACAAUAAAGGCAUGGAUAUGGCUUUUCUGAAGACAGCACUGCAGAUGGCAAGAACAGCUGUAUAUUCCUUACACAAAACGUCAACCCGGCAACAUAUUCAGAAGAAAGCAGAGGAAUGGAAGGUGAAGAUGGAAGUUUUAGCAGAACUGAGGUAUGACCUACCAGCAUCAUACAAGUUUCAUAAGAAGAAAUCAGUGGACAUCGAGGUUGAUUUUAUUAGAUUCACUUGUGACAAAAAGAUGAAUGGAGGAAUGACAUAAAACUUUUUUAGAAGAAUAAAAAAAUCUUUUUGGAGUGCUA